GCAGGAUGAGGGCGGCCAUUGCUGGGGCUCCGCCGCGGGGAGGAGGACGCUGAGGAGGCGCCGAGCCGCGCAGCGCUGCGGGGGAGGCGCCCGCGCGAAAGCGAGGCCCAUGGCCAGGACCACCAGCCAGCUGUGGUUUGCUGAGCCAUGGAAGAAACAGGGUGUUCUUCAUAGCAACAGACUUGGGCCUUAGUAUGAUGCUGUUCCCAUUCAGUCCAGCGUGGUGUUAUGUGCCUGUCCGUCCCCAUCAAUGGUGAGGGCCCAGACCGAGUCUGGCGCAGCCUCUGGCAUUUCCAGCAGUGUCAGCAGGCAGGGAUCUACCAUGGACGGUACCACAGCUGAGUCCCGGCCAAAUACCAACCCCCUGCAGCACGCUGCCCAGCCGCCUCCACAGCCUCGUAAGAAGCGGCCUGAAGACUUCAAGUUUGGGAAAAUUCUUGGCGAGGGCUCUUUUUCAACCGUUGUCCUGGCUCGAGAACUGGCUACCUCCAGGGAAUAUGCCAUUAAAAUUCUAGAGAAACGUCAUAUUAUAAAAGAGAACAAGGUCCCAUAUGUAACCAGAGAGCGAGAUGUGAUGUCACGCCUGGAUCACCCCUUCUUUGUUAAGCUUUACUUCACAUUUCAGGACGAUGAAAAGUUGUAUUUUGGCCUUAGUUAUGCCAAAAAUGGAGAAUUGCUUAAAUACAUCCGCAAAAUUGGUUCAUUUGAUGAGACCUGUACCCGAUUUUACACAGCUGAGAUUGUGUCGGCUCUAGAGUACUUGCACGGCAAGGGCAUCAUUCACAGGGACCUUAAACCAGAAAACAUUUUAUUAAAUGAAGAUAUGCACAUCCAGAUCACAGAUUUUGGAACAGCGAAAGUAUUAUCUCCAGAGAGCAAACAAGCUAGGGCCAACUCAUUUGUAGGAACAGCGCAGUAUGUUUCUCCAGAGCUGCUCACAGAGAAGUCGGCCUGUAAGAGUUCAGACCUUUGGGCUCUUGGAUGCAUAAUAUACCAACUUGUGGCAGGACUUCCACCUUUCCGAGCCGGAAAUGAAUAUCUUAUAUUUCAGAAGAUCAUUAAAUUGGAAUAUGACUUCCCAGAAAAAUUCUUCCCUAAGGCAAGAGACCUUGUGGAAAAACUCUUGGUUUUAGAUGCCACAAAGCGGUUAGGCUGUGAAGAGAUGGAAGGGUACGAACCUCUCAAAGCGCAUCCAUUCUUUGAGUCCAUCCUGUGGGCGAAUCUGCACCAGCAGACACCUCCGAAGCUCACGGCUUACUUGCCAGCCAUGUCAGAGGACGACGAGGACUGCUAUGGCAAUUACGACAACCUUCUGAGCCAGUUUGGCUGCAUGCAAGUGUCCUCCUCCUCCUCCUCCUCCUCCCACUCCCUGUCUGCAGUGGACACAAGCCUGCCCCACAGGUCGGGCAGCAACAUAGAGCAGUACAUCCACGGUCUGGACACUAAUUCUUUUGAACUGGACUUACAGUUUUCUGAAGAUGAGAAGAAGUUACUAUUGGAGAAGCAGGCCUGUGGAAAUCCUUGGCACCAGUUUGUAGAAAAUAAUCUAAUACUAAAAAUGGGUCCGGUAGAUAAGCGAAAGGGUUUAUUUGCACGGAGACGGCAGUUGUUGCUCACAGAAGGACCACAUUUAUAUUAUGUUGAUCCUGUCAACAAAGUCCUGAAAGGUGAAAUUCCAUGGUCACAAGAACUCCGACCAGAGGCCAAGAAUUUUAAAACUUUCUUUGUCCACACGCCUAACAGGACGUACUACUUGAUGGAUCCAAGUGGGAACGCUCACAAGUGGUGCAGGAAGAUCCAGGAGGUUUGGAGGCAGCGAUACCAGAGCCACCCAGAUGCCUCUGUGCAGUGACAUGUCCUGCGGCCGGGCUGCCCUUCGCUGCCAGGACACCUCUCUUGGCGCGGCUCGGCCGCCACCAGGACGCUUCCAGACCACCUGCCGCCGGCCACCUCAAAGAACGCAGAUGGCGGGAACCUUGCAGCUUUUUUAUUUAAAAGAAAAGAAGAAAAAAAAACACCCAACUACACAAAGAACAAAACCAAUAGCAAACAGGAAUUCAGGGUUGCUUUGCUUGCUCUCUGUGCUCUGUGGAGGCUUCCACAUGCUGUUGUGCCCGUGGAGACCCAGCUCCUGCCCAGACCAGUGGCCACCUUCGGCAUCACCAGCCCCUCCUAGCAUCCAGGGGAACUUUGUACCCGCUACCACUCCUCCCACCUGCCCCAGCUUCUGCUGCGGCUGAGGGGCUGGAUGUAUUUUGGCUCUUUGUGCCCACCCUCAUUGUCACAGAGCCCUUCACCAGGGAGCCUCUACACCCCUUUGCUGGGCUGAGCUGCCGCCAGCUGGCUGUGGGCACCAGGGUCUUGGCUCUGGGUGCGCACUGCCUUCCCUGGGUCUGUCGUGCCCGACCCGGACGUGUGGCUGGCCCUCGGCGCCUCUAGCAGGGCCUCGCUGCCUGUGAUGUUUGCGCUCCCUGCGCUGGAGGCGACAUGCAGCGCAGGCAGCUACGGUUGCAGGGAGUCCCGCCAGGCUCCACUUCUGCAGCCCACCUCCUAGCAGUGUCCGUCAGUGCAGUGGACACCAUGCCAAAUGUAUGUCCAGGAGGAAUGCCAUCAGCCAAGGAACGGUUAGCACCCAGCUGGAUCACUGCACCUGGGCCAGGCCAGGAGGCCCCCUGGAGGCACCAGCCAGAACAGCUUAGGCUGUCAGCCUCCAGGGGGCAAGUAGGGCCACAGACCUCCUGAGAGUCUUGGAAAGGUCUCAGUGUGCCGGCUGCUGCCGCACAAGGAGGGUCUGAGAGAACCCUGGGGCCAGUGGUCUCAGGCUCUGUCAGUUUCUGGCCCAUCCGCACAUGCCCCGUUUGUAUUAUGGGUAAACACUUCUCAGCUAGCUCAGCUUUUGUGUCUCUACAUUGAAAAUUUUAAAGCCUAUUUGGUCCAUAAAGAGUGGAUUUCUACCAAAAAAUGUUAUUCACUGAUGCCCAGGCCAUGAGAACAGCCCACUUAAACCCAACGCCUGCCUCCCUGUCUGUCCCCUGCCAUUCCAGGGCGCUGCUGUGGAUGCCCCGCGGUGGUGGUCUGCUCUGCAGUGGGGGUGCCUGGCACACACCAGCCUGGCUCCCUUCUCUGCUCAGGCAGAGCGCCCCUGAGAGGCUCCUCCGUGCCUCGCUGCCCAAGCUGUCCCUGGUGGGGACGCUCUGGGAAGGAGAGGAACAGACAGUCUGCUUGCAGGUACACCUCGGACGCCCUGUCCCCAGGGCAGGAACACUUCCAUUCCUGUAGACUCACAGAGGCCCCAGUAAAUGGCUUCCGCAGAAAAGCCCCUGCCCCUCCCGUCCCCGCUGACCGCCUGUGUGCCAAGUGGCUCCUUUUAAGCCGGGGGCAAAGUGCUGAUGCAGGUCCUGCUGUUUGUGCUAGUGUGGAGUGCUGGAGAAGAGCAGAAAUGUUCCCUGGGCUUUCCAGGGGGUCAGCAGCCAGGGUCAGGGCCGUGCCUGUCCCUGGGGAGCGUGACACUGCCUGGCUUGCAGCUCUCGGCCUGCGGGCCCCUCUCCCAGCUGCUGAAGAGGCUUGCCUGUGUGGAGCCAGCUUGGAAUUUGUUCGAGUUCCUGAUCGGCUCCUUUCCCUUGUAACUGGUUAGCCUUUUCAGCCCUCUGGAGAACAGCCUGUACCUGUGUGGUGGGGGCUCCCGGCUCUUGCAUACACAAACAAGGCAUCAUUUUGGCUGCAGAGGAGAGAGUGAGGCUGAAGCUAGGCUUGGUCGCUGCCUCCGGCUGGAGAGUGCCACUACCUCCUCGCUCCACCCAACCGUCCUGCCGGCAGCCACCGCUCUGGGGCAGCUGAGCUGGCGACCCGGCCCUGCCUGCCGCAGCUCCAUCCUCCCACUCCCUCUUUCCUGGCCUUUUGUUAAAGGCCAUACCUCCCUUCCAUCAGAGCCACCCACGGCAUGCAGGCCGGCGCCUUGCCCUGUAGGACAGGUGUGUGGGUGCUAGCCUGCCCAGCAGCACACUUGGGAUCUGCCAAGGGGAACGAGGGGAACCUGCUGUCCCGAAGCCCUGGUGGCCCUGUGGCCUACGAAGCAGGGUGGGUGUGAAGGUUGGAAGCACACCCUCUUGGUCCCUCCCACCAGUAUGGGAGGACCUGAGGCUGUAGUCGUAACUCCUGUCCACUGUACCCUACCGUAGGACAUGGAAAAGCGGACUUGGACGGGUGGGUCCUACCCCUUUGUCUGUGCCCUCAGCUAGAGAAGUGGCAUCCCUGUGUGGAGCUCUGAGCCCCUCCGCUUCAGGGAGCGGCACUGUGGUGUGGCUGCCAUCCACUGCAGGCGGUGGCGCCGUGGCAUGGCUGCCGUGCUGAGCCCUAACCUCCUGGAGGCUUGCGGAAAGUUUGCUUUGAGAAACUUGUCAGGCCAGCGCUGGCGGAAAUUCACCUCUAGGCCUCUGGUGUCUGUGGUCCAUGCCUGAGGAUGGCCUUGUGGUACAGUCUUAGAUGCCAGCAGAGGAGCACCUGGUAAAAGAUCAACGACGAACUCACCAACCAGGGGCUACUAUGAGCAUUUUGACCUAGAUCCUGCCCCUACCUGCCCCCCAAUAUUAUUUCCUUCCUCCUCCCUCCCUUUUUCCUUUUUCUCUUCCCUAAUCCCCCCCCUUUCCUCACCCCCCCCUUCCUCCUUUUUGCAGUGUUGGAAAUUGAGCCCAGGGACUCAAGAUGCAGGAAGUGCUCUACCACUGAGCUACACCUCCCCCCCCCCCCUUUUUUUUUUUUUUUGCUUUCCUAACUAAACUGGGAACAUACAACAUGCACAUACUUUUACAUCCAGCUUUUUCAUUUGAUAUCCAAGCAUUUCCCUGUGCCAUGGACAGUUGAAGCAAGUAUUUAGUGAUGGUAGAGUCCAAUGGUUGUACAUUUUAUCAAUUUAUCUGACCAUUUCCUUUUUGUAGAUGAGUUCUUGGUUUUCAUUAUUUAAUGCUGUGAUGAAUAUCCUAAUCAGUUUUUGGUUUUUUACCUUAGACAUUUUCCCCCUCAGAUACCUGCAAGUGGUAUGUUUGUGUCAGACGACUUUUUUCAUGGCACAGAUUCCCUUUGGUCUCAUAUUCAGAUGCUCUGUGUUCCAGUAACAGUCCUGCUACGCUGUGUGUUCCAAGCGAUGUUUGAAUAUGACUCUCCUUCCCCCAUCCCUUUUCAACGGAUUUUUUUUUUCUCCCCCUGAGAACCAGCUUCCUUAUUUUCAUUGCAAGAAUCUGGUCAUGCUUGCAUGUUAGUCUCUUCCAUUCCUGCUGCUAUGGCUUCCAAGUGCUUGGUGAUGUUUUCACAAUCUUGUCAUUUGUGACCACAAUGGUACUGAAUCUGUUUCUGCAGUUAGCAGAGAUAAAAGUGUUGUACUGACCUUUGCCACAUGCUUAGUGGGUGAUUCGUAAUUACGUUUAUAGACUCAAAGUUCAUUGGGCUAUUUGGGAUCAAUAGUGGAGUAAAAGCUCUGCUUUGAAAAAGAAACCAUGUAAAUGAUUGGGUUUUAUAAAAGCUCCUUUGUGUGACCCUCAGGAGGUCUGGCCUUUUUCUUGUACAGUGUGGUGCAUGCCCCGGCUGGUAUGGAGGUAAGGCCACCUUCUUUCUCCCCUCUGCCCAUAGUGCUGUAGAUUGACUGGUCUUGAGACUACCCAGAUUUGAUUCUUGUUUCUUCAGGUUGGGCGGUGGUCCAUUGAUUUAGGUAGGAAACAGGAUUCUUCCAGGCACCCGACUCAGUGCCACUUGACUCUACCAGAGCUUAUGGCCUCUUGUCCUCUGAUGCCUGGAGACUCCUCCUUGACCAGCCCAAAGACCUAGGGUGCUUCCUGCUGAGAUGGGAAGCUGCCAGGAGAGCAACACAGAGGUCCCCUUUCUGGGAGAGGUCGCCAUACACUGUUUGUGUGUUGUUUCUCUGCAGGUGCAAUAUUAACUGGUGGUGACCUAGGUCGCUGUGGUUCUUUUUAGGCAGAAUAUGUCUGGAGCCCCUUCACACCUCUGAGGGGCACUAGCUUCUGGCCCAGCCUGCAGGACUCUAAAUCAGGCUCUAGGGAGGAAACUGUGUUUAGCAACAAGCAGUUUUAUCUGUCGCUGAGAUGAUGAUGGUGGGCAAAUGAAUUAGCUGGUGUACCUGGAAUUUCCCUGUAACUCGUUUCUUUAGUAUGAAGAAACCAAACAUCUGUAAAAAGUAAGACUUUUUACAAAGGGCAAGCUUUAUUUUUAAUUUUACUUUUUUUUUUACCAGUGCAGCCCCCUCCCUAGUCUAGCUGUCCGGCAUAAUGACUACAAGUAGUUUAUUGUGUCAGUGACAAACUCUUGUCAUGACAAUAGUUUGAUUGGAUGUGGACAAAUUAAACUUAACAGUAUUUUUGAGCUGCUGCAGCUUGUCCGUAACUGAAAUAGGACGAAUCAAUAGUAUGUUGCUGUCGUUCAGGUUGGUGGCAGUCAGUUAGAACGUGUGUAAUAUUUUCUACCUGGUCUGUAGCUGUAACUGUGAUGUACAGGCAAAGCAAAAAUUUAAAAAAAAAAAACUUAUGAAAACAAAUAAUGCAAUGAUACUAGGAUAUACACUUUUGUAUUUUUAUUCUUAUAUAAGGUUAUUUGCUGGCUAAGGUUGGCCUCUAGUUCAGUCUGUGUUAUUUAAAUUCUAAUAUAUGAAUUAUUUGGAUUGAAUUCAUGUUCGGGGCCACCGUUGUUGUAUGUAUUGAUGUACAGCCUUGAAUGUGAAUAAUUAUUGUAAACUAUAUUUUACAACUUUUUUUCUGGCUUUAUUAUAUAAAUUUUCUAUUUGGUCAUAGUUUAAUCAUAUCAUAAUUUAAUGAAUCUUUUUUUCCCUUUUUUCAAGUAUCUGUGCUUUCGAUGUAGUUACUGAAUGAUGAAUUUCCCUCGUAUGCUCAGUAGUCUUGUAAUAAAAGCAUGUAGUGUGUA